AGAAACACCACAUUAUGGCCAUGUUGGAGGCACGGCCUUAUAGGCCCUUCAAGUCCAGCGAGGAGUAUCUGGAGGCCAUGAAGGAGGAUCUCGCCGAAUGGCUAAGCACUUUGUAUCCGGAGCUGAGCAUCAAUGCCGAGAACUUUAUGGAUCGCUUGGACACGGGCGUGGCCCUCUGCAAGCACGCCAACUAUGUGCGCCAGGCAGCGGAGGAUUAUCUGGCACGGCGACAGGCACGCAACAAAUCGAUGACCCGCUCGAUGACCUCGGGCUUAGCCGGGCCGAUCCUUGCCCUGGGCAAUGUCCAUUAUCUUCCGGCCGCCAAAAGUGGCACCUUCUUUGCCCGCGACAAUGUGUCCAAUUUUAUAACCUGGUGCAGAAAAAGCCUAAAGAUCAUCGAGUGUCUACUGUUCGAAACGGAUGAUCUGAUCAUGCGCAAAAACGAAAAGCAUGUGAUCCUUUGCCUUUUGGAGGUGGCCCGUCGUGGCGCUAAAUUUGGAAUGCUGGCACCCAUGCUGGUGCAAAUGGAGCGACAAAUCGAUCGGGAGAUCGCCGCCGACAUCAAGGCCAAUGGGGCCAAUUCCUCAGAGAACGGAACUCAAACGGAAGCCAUAAACUCUGGAAAUAGCAUGGCCACAACGACGACGACGACAACGACAAUAACCACCACCACGACGGUGGGCUCGGAGACGGAUCUUUACGAUGACAGUGAUGACUCGGAGAAUGAGGAUGAUGGCGACGAGAAUCCCAUGUUGAUGUACGGCCCCCAGCCCCAGAUAAUUACCAAUGAUCUAAAGAGUCUCGAUGAAAUGGUCCGUGAUCUGGUCGAGAAGUGCACAUGCCCCUCACAGUUUCCCAUGGUCCGGGUAUCAGAGGGCAAAUAUCGCAUUGGCGACACCAAAGUUCUCAUCUUUGUGCGGAUCCUGCGCUCGCACGUCAUGGUGCGCGUCGGCGGCGGUUGGGACACACUGUCCCAUUAUCUGGACAAGCAUGAUCCCUGCCGAUGCCGGGCCCAGCAUCGUAGCUCUGUGGCCGCCCGUUUGGUGCCACGCCAGUCGCCCAACCAUAAUCCCAGCAACGGGAUCGAGCUUCACAAGGCGCAGGUGAUAUUCGAGAGGUCACCGCCAACAGCUCGACGUGUUUUCAACACUCUAAAUGGAGGAAAUGGCGGAGGUACAGGAUCGGGUCUUAGCUCAACCGCAACCGUAACUGGAACUGGUGUGACUUCUACGCCUCCUCCACCACCGCCACAGAAUGGUCACAGUUUGUCGCCCAAUUCCGGCAAGUAUCGCAGCCGCAGUCCGACGCCGCAGCGCAAGUUUCUCAACCAGCAGACGCCGAAUGGAGGUACUGCCUCAUUGGCAGCCACGUCGGCCGUAACAUCAGAUCAGCUGCUCGGAUCCCCCAGCCUGGCUCGUCGCUCCAUGUCGCCGAGUCCACGCCGCUUGAUUGAUAUGCGCAAAAAGCAGAACUCCUUGGACUCGUACAGCAGUGGACCGAAAUCCCUGCCGGGGGGCUACAGUUGCUCGCUGGAGGAGGCCGCUGGAUCCGUAUCGAAUGGAGGAUCUGGAACGGUUUCAAACUCGGUAUCGGGAGCUGAGCAGAGCGGAGCCAACAAGUUCGAGAACAUCAGUGACAAUGGGAGCGAGAUUAGCGACGAGGGUUAUCGCAGUCUGGGCGUUAUCCAGUCGAGUGCACAGAAACGUGAAUCCCUGCACAGUCAGGCCUCCAUCGAGGACGCUGAAACCAAUGCGCGUCUAGAUCAGACCUCCAGUGACUCGCAGAUCUCGCCCUCAGAGGAGCCCGCGGAGAAGACGGCGGUGGAUAUGCUACAGGAGGAGCACCAGGAACUACUAAACGAUCACGAACAGGAUCAGGAAGAGGAUUACUCCAUAUGCGAUGGCCCCCAAUCCCUGCCAGCCAUUCUCAGCAGCCACAAAAUGAACAACAACAACAACAAUAACAAUGACAAGUUUGAGCAGUCCGGAGUCUUUAUCACCGACGAUGAGAUCACUGUGGACAUGGCCAAGACCAACCAGGAGGAACAGGAACAGUCUCCGCCAACUGCUGCCACUCUUAGCAAGAUACCCCGCUCACCGCUGGCCCAACGUCGCCGGCGAAGCAUUGACAACAGCACCUGUCGCGGAGCCGGUGGCAGUCUCCAGGACUUAAGCAGUCGCUCCACGGGCUUGCCAUCCCUAACUCUGGCGCCAGCUUUUAGCCGCAAACAGCCGGUGUAUAGAUCUGUGCGUACGCGCAGCUCUCAGGCAGCCAAUCCUGUAGUGGCGCCUCCUCGUUCCCGUCAGGCCACCCAGCUGCCCAUGGUCCGGGAUGCGACCAAUACGUGGAGCGGACGGGCUGCUACAGGGGCACCAAAGAGGCGUCCCACCUGCACGGCCGAAACAUUUGUGGCCCCCAAUGGGCAGCAGGCAGCGGGAGCCGGAAACACACUCCCCGGAGCUGGAGCCGGACCCUUUGAACGUAAUGGCAAGGGACGCUCCUCACAGAUCCUGUACGACAGCAAUGGACGGCGCGUGAGGAGUGGAGCUGGAUGCAGCAGUUCCCUGACCACAUCUCCAGUAAAAAAUCAUGCCUCGUCGCCGUUGGCCCAGCAACUCCUGGAGGCAGCCAGCAGUGCCAAGAAUGAUGCACAGAUUCUGGAGAAAAUGAAGUCAUUGCUGUCACGCUAUGCUGCCGGAAAUCAAGCCAAGACAGGCACGGGAUCAGGAUCCACAACAAGCAAGGUAAAUGGCAAAAAGACUCCCGUCUAUGAGGACUUUACCACGGCCUGGGUGCACAGCAGUGGGAAUCUGGAGCGUUCGGAGAGCUGUUCGCCACCAGCCAAGGCUCGAUCCAAGCGCAGCUCAGCUGCCAGCUCCUGUGAGAGCAAUCAUUCGAAUUCAGGAACAGGAACAGGAGCAGGAGCAGGAGCAGGAGCGGGAAAUGGAGCCGCCAAUGUGGUAUCGCCCAGGCGUGAGAGAGGAAUGUCCAAGAUCCCAGCGCCAGUGCGUCAGCAUACAGAGCUUUACUAGCAGCGCCGAAGGACGCCAAGCGUCCCGGUGAACCACGUCCGUUUCCAAGCCAAGCCGAGGGUUUUUGAAAAGCCUCCGUAACGAGAUGGAGAUGGGGGGAGCGUAAUGGGAAAUGGGGAUUUGGGGGUAGUAGUUACAACACAUAGGUCAAGUCAGGAUUAAUAAGCCAAGCUAGGAAUUGCCUGGGCGUGCGUGUGUGUGUGUGUGUGUGGAGGAGAAUCCAGGGGAAGAGCCUUAGCCAGAAAUCGGAAUCAGGAUCAGGGGGGGAAACGUCGAGUGAAGAAAGCAAAAAAAAAACUGAAACUGCCUCAAAAGACAGACAGAAACAGGAUAUAGGAAGUGGUUUUGGAUCCCUAGCAGCCAGAGAUACUUUGUUUUAGCAGCAUUUACCUCUAUCCAAGUAAAUAUUUUAUGUUUCCAAUGCCAGGGGUGCCCACAGAAAUUGCUGAGGUGUCCCAAGAUUAUUUUCCAGGCGAUUUCUGUGGCAACCUUGUUCUAUAUAUAUCAAACACUCCCUGUAACCGUCGCUAUUUAAAUCACUUUCCGCCAAUAACUCUCUCUCUCUCUGUCUACUUAUCUAUAUAAAUAUUUCCAAAGAACUAU